AUGGCGACCAGCCCGGCAGUGGAAGGUGCGGCGCCGCACCCACGUCAUCGCGGCGCGCCGCUUAUGUCACGUCGGAGCGCCCGCGUAAGCAGGGAAGAGGAGAUGUGGCGUCGGACGCUGCGGGCGGCGCUGCGAGCAGGGGUCAUCCCCUGCUCCAAGGGAAAAGGAGUCGGCGGCUGCCGGUACGCGGUGAGCGACUCGGGGAAGGCCGGGAGCCGCGUGAGCGCCGAGCUGAUCGAGCACCUGGAGCGCCUGGCCCUGGUAGAUUUCCGAAACCAGGAAGGCGUGGAGCGGCUACGAGCGGCCAUAGAGUUCGCGGACCGGCUCCGCGCCGUGGACACGACUGGCGUGGCGCCCAUGGAGUCGGUGCUGGAAGACCGGUAGGCACAGCUGGGCCACCUCGACCCUGAGAGCGUGGGCCCCGCCCGCCCUGCGGCUCUCCCGCUCCAAGGCUGCCCGGUCGCUGGGUGCGUCUUGACGUUUCCUUCCUAACGACGUAACCAGCUAGAUACGGGACGUCAUCUCUCCUAAAGCGAGUGGGCAUCUCUUCCUUCCCCUCCCCCCAAAGGUGCUCAUCUUGCUGUUCCGCGGCAGCUGAAUUUGGG